AGGCAACGCAGAAUAAGGCACACUGCGCAUGCUCCUUCCUUGUUCCAGCUAAAACUGCAUCCGAGCCACAACAAUCGCCAGAAUUAAACCAUUUUGGCUAAAGAAUUGCAAAUAAAAAAAAAAAGCACAAUACCAGGAAUUAGAUUGACAAAACAACAAAGCAGAUAACACCCUCAGACAAUGAAAACCCUAAUAUCCAGUUUGUGGAGAAUAAGAAGGUGAGCCUGCCUUCCUCUUUGCAGUGAAGAUUCGGUGAAAAUGGGCGGUUAUGUAUAGAAGAGGUUGUUUUUUUGUUUAUUUGUUUUUGUUUUCCAAAAACGGGGGGUUGUAAAAAAAAAACAAAUAAAAAGGGAAUUAAUUAUUUCAAAUGAUCGUCACAUUCCAACGGUUUGGUGGUGAAAUCAUACCAACACAACCCGGAUGUUUUAACCAGCUGACGAGGAAACAAGCAGCUUGGAAGCGCUCGUUUUAUUGUUUUUCCACGAUCUGAGCAAUGAGUGAAGGCUGUAUGACUGAACACACAGUACAGCAACAGCAACUGAGGAGUCCAAUCCUCGACUUUAUCCUAUAUUGUGUAUCGUGGAACAACGGGGCCAAUUAAAUACAGUACUACCUCAGCACUGUAUAUUAUGUUCAUGAUUUUUGUGGGGAGGACUGACAUGUCAACGACCCGCCUUUUGCAAUAGAACUGCAUCGCUUAGUUCUUCCCUGUUUUGAUGUGAGAAGCGGCGGAGAUACAACAGGAUAACUCUGGCUGGCUCUGUGUCUGUGUGUAUAAAUAGCUGGAGCCAUGCAGACUCCACAGCUACAGUACGACUUCUUCAACGAGGAGAACUCACACAAGUGGCGGGGACUGCUGGUACCAUCCCUCAAUAAGGUUUUAAACCAAGUCCACCCAAAGCUCUCGUCAAAGGAGGAUGCCCUGCAGUACAUUGAGGAGCUGAUCCUGCUGCUACUGAGCAUGCUCUGUCAGGCCCAGCCGCGCACCGUGCAGGAUGUGGAGGAGCGUGUGCAGAAGAGCUUUCCACAUCCGAUCGACAAGUGGGCCAUAGCAGAUGCACAGGCUGCUAUAGAGAAAAGGAAAAGAAGGAAUCCUUUAGCCCUGCCUGUUGACAAAAUUCACCCACUUCUAAAGGAGGUCCUGGGAUACAAAAUCGACCAUCAAGUUUCAGUCUACAUAGUAGCAGUAUUAGAAUAUAUCUCUGCCGAUAUUUUGAAACUGGCUGGGAAUUAUGUACGGAACAUCAGACACUAUGAAAUCUCACAGCAGGACAUUAAGGUGGCAAUGUGUGCGGAUAAGGUGCUCAUGGACAUGUUCCACCAGGAUGAGGAGGACAUCAGUGGGUGGGCCCUCAUGGACGAGGAGCCCUCCACCUCUGGGGAGCAGAUGUACUACGACCUGGUCAAGACCUUUAUGGCCGAGGUGCGGCAGUACUUGAGAGACCUCAACCUCAUCAUCAAGGUCUUCAGGGAACCCUUCGUCUCCAACACAAAGCUCUUCUCCCCACAUGAUGUUGAAAACAUAUUCAGCCGCAUCGUAGAUAUUCACGAGCUCACUGUUAAACUGCUUGGCCUUAUUGAGGACACAGUAGAGAUGACAGACGAAGGGAGUCCUCAUCCUUUGGUAGGAAGCUGCUUUGAAGAUUUGGCUGAGGAGCUGGCGUUUGAUCCCUAUGAAACGUAUGCACAGGACAUCCUUCGCCAGGGCUUCCACGACCAUUUCCUCAGCCAGCUGUCAAAGCCAGGGGCAGCUCUGUAUUUACAGUCUACAAGUGAAGGGUUUAAAGAAGCUGUCCAGUAUGUCCUCCCCAGACUGCUUUUAAGUCCUGUUUACCACUGUCUCCACUACUUUGAAAUUUUAAAGCAAUUAGAAGAAAAGAGUGAAGAUGAAGAGGACAAGGAAUGUUUGAAACAGGCAAUAACGGCACUGCUCAACCUCCAGAGCAGCAUGGAAAGGAUAUGCUCCAAAAGCUUGGCAAAGCGACGACUGAGCGAGUCAGCCUGUCGGUUUUACAGUCAGCAGAUGAAGGGCAAGCAACUGGCCAUCAAAAAGAUGAACGAGAUUCAGAAAAACAUCGACAGCUGGGAGGGCAAAGACAUCGGGCAGUGCUGCAACGAGUUCAUCAUGGAGGGGACGCUGACGCGGGUGGGAGCAAAGCACGAGCGGCACAUCUUCCUCUUCGACGGGCUGAUGAUCUGCUGCAAGUCCAACCACGGGCAGCCCCGGCUCCCAGGCGUUGGCACUGCGGAGUACCGGCUCAAGGAGAAGUUCUUCAUGCGCAAGGUGCAGAUCAACGACAAGGACGACACGGGCGAGUACCGGCAUGCCUUCGAAAUCAUCCUGAAGGACGACAACAGCGUGGUGUUUGCCGCCAAGUCUGCCGAGGAGAAGAACAACUGGAUGGCGGCACUCAUCUCCCUGCAGUACCGCAGCACCCUGGAGCGCAUGCUGGACCUCACCAUGCUCCAGGAGGAGAAGGAGGAGCAGAUGAGGCUGCCCACCCCCGACAUGUACCGCUUUGCAGAGCCCGACUCCGAGGAGAACGUGGUCUUCGAGGAGAAUGUGCAGUCCAAGUCGGGCAUCCCCAUCAUCAAGGCUGGCACUGUGGUGAAACUCAUUGAGAGGCUCACCUACCAUAUGUAUGCAGAUCCUAAUUUUGUACGAACAUUUUUAACAACAUAUCGAUCGUUUUGCAAGCCACAAGAACUUCUCAAGCUACUAAAGGCAAGGUUUGCAAUUCCAGAGCCCAACCCAACUGAGGCUGACAAGGCUGCUGUGGAGAAUGGAGACCAGCCCCUGAGCGCAGAGCUGAAGCGCUUCAGGAAGGAGUACGUCCAGCCAGUGCAGCUCAGAGUUUUGAAUGUUUGCAGACACUGGGUGGAACACCACUUUUAUGAUUUUGAGAGGGACGCCGGCCUGUUACGUGAAUUAGAAGAAUUUAUAGGAAAGGUCAAAGGUAAAGCAAUGAGAAAAUGGGUUGAAUCUAUCACUAAAAUUAUCCAAAGGAAAAAACAGGCGCAAGCAAAUGGACCAAAUCACAACAUUACCUUUGAAAGCUCCCCUCCUCCUAUAGAAUGGCACAUAAGCAAAGCUGGCCAGACGGAGCAUUUCGACCUGCUGACGCUGCACCCCAUUGAGAUCGCACGACAGCUCACCUUGCUCGAAUCGGACCUCUACAGGGCUGUGCAGCCAUCAGAGCUGGUGGGCAGUGUGUGGACAAAAGAAGACAAGGAAAUUAACUCUCCCAACCUCCUCAAGAUGAUUAGGCACACAACCAACCUCACACUGUGGUUUGAGAAGAGCAUCGUCGAGACUGAAAACCUGGAAGAACGGUCGGCGGUGGUGGCUCGAAUAAUCGAGAUCCUGCAGGUUUUCCAGGAACUGAACAACUUUAACGGUGUCCUGGAGGUUGUGAGUGCCAUGAACUCCUCCCCCGUGUACAGGCUGGACCACACGUUUGAGCAAAUCCCAAGCCGGCAGAGGAGGGUUCUAGAGGAAGCUCACGAGCUGAGUGAAGACCACUAUAAGAAGUAUUUGGCUAAGCUCCGGUCUAUCAACCCACCCUGUGUGCCUUUCUUUGGAAUUUAUUUAACUAAUAUCUUGAAGACCGAGGAAGGCAAUCCAGAUUUUCUGAAGAGACAUGGGAAGGACUUGAUAAACUUCAGUAAAAGGAGGAAAGUUGCUGAAAUUACAGGAGAGAUUCAGCAGUACCAGAAUCAGCCCUAUUGCUUACGAGUGGAAAACGACAUCCGACCCACGUCGAAGGUGUACUCCCCGCGGUACCCCCUGCCAGACCGGACCUCUGUGUCAGAGCCCCCGGACAGUCCGCCCACGCUGCCACCGCGGGAGCCCGUGAGGACACCAGAUGUCUUCUCCAGCUCUCCACUACACUUACAGCCCCCGCCCUUGGGGAGGAGGAACGAACUGAGCCAGACCUUCUUCCCAAGCAGCCCCUUGCCCUUCACCCCUCUCCCCCCGCAGACGCCCUCCCCGCUGGGCAGCCGCAAGCACCUGCCUUCCCCACCCUUGAUAUCCCAGGACUCUGAGCCCCACGGCACGGCCGGCCCUCCCAUCCCACCCCGACAGAGCACCUCCCAGACCAUCCCCAAGCUUCCCCCCAAAACCUACAAAAGGGAGCACACACUUCCGUCGAUCCAUCGGGAAGGGCCGCCUUUGCUGGAGAAUGCCCACUCGUCCUAAUUGGAGGGUUGGGGACACAGCCUUACUAACACUAAAGACUUGGGAGCCAGUGUAGGCUCUACCUGUGACCUAACCUUCAAGAAGAUUGUUUUUAUUACAGUAAAACCAAGGACUUUGCCUGCCCUUUACUGUAUUAUUAUUAUUAUUAUUUUAGUUUUUUUAUGACUCAUUAUGGCGAACCAUCGGCAACAAGGGAGGCAAACAAACAAAAAGAGGACAAAAUGGCAGUUUAUUGCUGUUUAAAAGAAUAUAUAGAUAGAUUAAAAAAAAAACUAUUUUACUUUAUAUAAAAAAAAAAAAAAAAAAAAAAAAAAAAAAAAAGUGAUGGGCACUAAAAACCCAGGAGCAGAAUAGUGGCACCUUCUAACGUGCAACAACAGGGAUCUACAGCUCGUUCUUUAAUCCCCAUCUUCAAGCAUUUGCUUUUAAAACAUGCUAUUCAUCAAAAAUGGACUUUGGGAAUCUAAGGUAUAGCAAUCUGUGCCAGUAGUAUGUUGGAGUGCUGAUAUACAGGUAUCCUCCACACCAAAGAACUACAUUUCACAGAUCCUGAACACACAUAAAAAGUGAUCUUUUUUUAUUUUUAUUUGCCAGAAGUAUGUAAAUGCUUGCCGCCUUUAAACAAGGGAAAAAAAUGUUUUUUUUUUUUUUUUUUUUUUUUUUUACCACUGUAUGCUACAGCAAAUCAAUGAGAAACCAUGUUGACGCCUGAAUUUAAUGUAUAAAAAAAUAUGACAUUAAGUGAACUAUGAUAUCCAAUACAAGUGGU